AUGAUGAAAACCUGUUUCGAUGAUAAUGAGAUCUUGCCUGGUGCUGCUUUAGUUAAGCCUCAUUUCCCCCCUAACAUAUCUCUGUCAGAUCUCGUAUCGAACAAAAAGAAUGGAGAAGUGCCUUCGCGUUCUCCUAACGCCUUCAUGAUAUAUAGAAAAGCUUUCGUAUCCGAACUACAUAACAACGGAUAUUAUCUGUCCAUGACCACGACCUCAUCUUUGGCCUCGGCUUCUUGGAAGAAAGAGUCGGAAGAGGUCAAAAAUGAAUAUAAACGUCUUGCGUGUGAAGCGAAAAGCCGUCAUUUGCGGUUAUAUUCCAACAAAAUACCACAAAAAAAACGAUCGAAUAAAAUACAUCGUGCAACUUGGCUUCACGUCACUUCACAAAGCCCGAAUUUUAACACCGAAACCUCGUUUUCUCCUAUGGAUUCCCCUGUACCCAAUACGUCACCUAUCGAAAUGGGAAUUCCAGAUCAAGUUACGCCUUUUGAUCAUCCUCCGACCAGUGACAGUGUCGCAUGUUUCUACGCUCCCGAAGCAACUCAAAUUUUUCCGCAAGAAUUUUUUGAGUACAAUCUAGAAAACACCUUGGCGCCAAAUUUCGUUACUCCGGACUUGAACCCGGAUCCCAAUUUUUAUCAAUAUAGUACUAAUUUACAUUUGAUCCAUGAAUAUUUAAUGUCGGAUAUACAAUCCCAAUCGUAUGAACUCCCAAAUCAGUCCGUUAACUAUAAUCAUCAUUUUAAUUAUUUUCCUUGA